AUGGCUAAACCAUUAAUUCCAAAUUCAGAUGGGACCCUCAAAAGGGUCCACACCGAAGUUUCGGACUUCUUGUCUUCGGACGAGGAGUCCAUGAAAUCAAAAACGAAUGUGAAGAAAUCCAAAGUGAUUUCUUCACAACAUUGGCCAAGGUUUCUCGUCAUCAGCUCCACUGAUGAUGGGACCUUGAAUAAACUAUCUCCUUUUGCAAUUGAAAAGGCAAUCGUUGGCUUGGCUGGUGAGCCAAAAUCCGUUAAAAAAAUAAAAAAUGGGCUGUUGGUUGAAUGUUCAACCGACAAGCAUUCAACUUGCCUCCUCAAGUCAACAGUUUUUUGUAACGUGCCGAUUAAGGUGACUCCGCAUACCUCCCUCAACUCGUCAAAGGGAGUGAUCAGAUGCAGAGAUUUGGAAGGUGUUACUGAAGACGAAAUCUGCGAAAAUUUAAGUUCUCCGGGUGUUACUGCGGUGAGGAGGAUAAAGGUUCGUCGAAACAAUAACUUGUUACCGACGAAUACUUGUAUCCUCACCUUUAACGUCCCUACCCUUCCUCAAUCUGUCAAAGCCGGUUACCUUAAUAUUCCUGUUGAGCCCUUUAUUCCAAACCCCUUGCGUUGCUUCAAAUGCCAGAGGUUUGGCCAUGGUCUGAACGCAUGUCGUGGAAAACUUACAUGUGCUCGUUGUGGUCUGUUUGAUCAUGACAGCAAGACAUGUAAGAACGAUAUACUUAGUCUCAACUGCAAGGGCAAUCACUGCGCAUACUCGCGAGAGUGUCCGCGGUGGAAGCUGGAAAAAAAGAGUUCAACAGGUAAAGGUACAAAAUAA